AUGUUGAUAUAUAACAGUGAGACUGAUGGUGAUGUUAACAGUGAGAAUGAUGGGGAUAUUAACAGUGAGAUUGAUGGUGAUGUUAACAGUGAGACUGAUGUGGAUAUUAACAGUGAAACUGAUGGUGAUAUUAACAGUGAGACUGAUGAGGAUAUUAACCGUGAGACUGAUGGUGAUGUUAACAGUGAGACUGAUGGUGAUGUUAACAGUGAGAUUGUUGGUGAUGUUAACAGUCAUACUGAUGGUGAUAUUAACAGUGAAACUGAUGGUGAUAUUAACAGUAAGACUGAUGGUGAUAUUAACUGUAAGAGUGAUGGGGAUAUUAACAGUGAGACUGAUGGGAUAUUAACAAUUGAUAGUGAUAUUAACAGUGAGACUGAUGGUGAUGUUAACUGUAGGACUCAUGGGGAUAUUAACAGUGAGACUGAUGGUGAUGUUAACAGUGAGACUGGUGGGGAUAUUAACAAUGAGACUGAUGGGGAUAUUAACAGUGAGACUGAUGGUGAUGUUAACAGUGAGACUGAUGGUGAUGUUAACAGUGAGACUGGUGGGGAUAUUAACAGUGAGACUGAUGGUGAUGUUAACAGUAAGAUUGAUAGUGAUAUUAACAGUGAGACUGAUGGGGAUAUUAGUAGUGAGACUGAUGGUGAAAUUAACAGUGAGGCUGAUGGUGAUGUUAACUGUAUGACUGAUGAGGAUAUUAACAGUGAGACUCAUGGUGAUAUUAACAGUGAGACUGAUGGGGAUAUUAACAGGGAGACUGAUGGCGAUAUUAACAGUGAGACUGAUGGUGAUAUUAACUGUAAGACUGAUGGUGAUGUUAAUAGUGAGACUGAUGGUGAUGUUAACAAUGAGACUGAUGGUGAUGUUAACAGUGAAAUUGAUGGUGAUACUGAUGGUGAUGUUAACAGUGAGACUGAUGGGGAUAUUAACAGUGAGACUGAUGGUGAUAUUAACAGUGAGAUUGAUAGUGAUGUUAACAGUGAGACUGAUGGGGAUAUUAACAGUGAGACUGAUGGUGAUGUUAACAGCGAGACUGAUGGUGAUGUUAACAAUGAGACUGAUGGGGAUAUUGACAGUGAGACUGAUGGUGAUAUUAACAGUGAGACUGACGGUGAUGUUAACAGUGAGACUGAUGGUGAUAUUAACAGUGAGACUGAUGGUGAUGUUAACAAUGAGAUUGAUGGGGAUAUUAACAGUGAGACUGAUUGUGAUAUUAACAGUGAGACUGACGGUGAUGUUAACAGUGAGACUGAUGGUGAUAUUAACAGUGAGACUGAUGGUGAUGUUAACAGUGAGACUGAUGGGGAUAUUAACAGUGAGAUUGAUGGUGAUGUUAACAGUGAGACUGAUGUGGAUAUUAACAGUGAAACUGAUGGUGAUAUUAACAGUGAGACUGAUGAGGAUAUUAACCGUGAGACUGAUGGUGAUGUUAACAGUGAGACUGAUGGUGAUGUUAACAGUGAGAUUGUUGGUGAUGUUAACAGUCAUACCGAUGGUGAUAUUAACAGUGAAACUGAUGGUGAUAUUAACAGUAAGACUGAUGGUGAUAUUAACUGUAGGAGUGAUGGGGAUAUUAAUAGUGAGACUGAUGGGAUAUUAACAAUUGAUAGUGAUAUUAACAGUGAGACUGAUGGUGAUGUUAACUGUAGGACUCAUGGGGAUAUUAACAGUGAGACUGAUGGUGAUGUUAACAGUGAGACUGGUGGGGAUAUUAACAAUGAGACUGAUGGGGAUAUUAACAGUGAGACUGAUGGUGAUGUUAACAGUGAGACUGAUGUUGAUGUUAACAGUGAGACUGAUGGGGAUAUUAACAGUGAGACUGAUGGUGAUGUUAAUAGUGAGAUUGACAGUGAUGUUAACAGUGAGACUGAUGGGGAUAUUAAUAGUGAGACUGAUGGUGAUGUUAACAGUGAGACUGAUGGUGAUGUUAACAAUGAGACUGAUGGGGAUAUUGACAGUGAGACUGAUGGUGAUGUUAACAGUGAGACUGAUGGUGAUGUUAACUCUAAGACUGAUGGGGAUAUUAACAUUGAGACUAAUGGUGAUAUUAACAGUGAGACUGAAGGUGAUGUUAACUCCAAGACUGAUGGCGAUAUUAACAGUGAGACUGAUGGUGAUAUUAACAAUGAGACUGAUAGUGAUGUUAACUGUAAGACUGGUGGGGAAAUUACAACUGAUGGUGAUGUUAACAGUGAGACUGAUGGGGAUAUUAACAGUGAGACUGAUGUUGAUAUUAACAGUGAGAUUGAUAGUGAUGUUAACAGUGAGACUGAUGGGGAUAUUAACAGUGAGACUGAUGGUGAUGUUAACAGCGAGACUGAUGGUGAUGUUAACAAUGAGACUGAUGGGGAUAUUGACUGUGAGACUGAUGGUGAUAUUAACAGUGAGACUGACGGUGAUGUUAACAGUGAGACUGAUGGUGAUAUUAACAGUGAGACUGAUGGUGAUGUUAACAGUGAGAUUGAUGGGGAUAUUAACAGUGAGACUGAUGGUGAUAUUUACAGUGAGACUGACGGUGAUGUUAACAGUUAG